AUGCAGCACCUCUGUGACGAGGUCUUACAGCUAAUCUUCUAUGAGCUUCCUGACCCGAGUGCUUUGACCCUCGUCGCCAGGCGCUUUCAUCGUUUCGCUCAAGAUCCCUAUGUUCGCGCUCACUACUUUUUAACCCACUACGGCCCUACAGAGGCAAUGUACUAUGCCUUGGGUCGAGGGAAACUCAUUACAGAGCGCGUGCUUGAUAUUCUCCUGUCAAGCGGCGCUCACCUCUCCCGAUAUCUGAUUCAAAUUGCAAUUCACCACUAUUUUCAUACUCAAACUCAUUUCAUCAAGACUCCAUGGGUCCGCAACGUACCCCUCCGCGUCUUCGUCUACUUUCUUAAACUCGCGGAGGAUAAAUACGGAGAGAUUCCUCGAGGCAAGGGGGAGGAUGACGGGUCGGUGUUUACGACCUUCCUCAAGGAGAGUAGAUUCCCACCCCAGAUGAAAACUGUCAAUUGGGAGAACGUCAAGGAAAUUCUAGAUACAUUUAACUUUAUCCCGUUCUGUAGCAGGGACCCAGUUAUGGCACAAUUUCCCCUAGCUCUGGCCAUCGAACCGAGACUUCUUCCGUAUGCCGUCGCUAAUGGCUUUCAUAUGGAUUAUAAGUAUCGAGACUUCGUGUUUCGCAAGAUGUUUGAACGCCCCUCUCCUUCGAGCGAAACGCGGGCGGACGACAUCGCGCACAAUAUCAGAGAGUUGUGCAAGCUGGAUCCUACCAUGUUUGUCUCUCGGACCGUGGCCGCAGAGGUUUGCAUGGAGGCAAAGGCGAACGAUGUUGGGUAUGGUGCAUUAAAGCAACUGGACAAAUCUGGCCACCUCCGAUUCUCACUCUCAAACCUGGUGGAAGAUUUACUCAAGACUUUCCUCACAACUAGGGCCAUUUGUAGCGAAACCAUUGGGGAUGUCCUACGACACCUAUACUCCGAGUUCAAGUCGUCAGACGCCACAGUUCGAUUGGUUAUUCUUAUUGCUGUCUUUGUGUCGGCCGAAAAUCUGCACACCGACCCUUCCGUUGUUCAUGCAAAACUGGAGGAUCUAGGCUUAACGCCGCUCACAAAGAAGGAUGCGUACAACAUUCUUGUCAACCCAUUCGUGGAGAGGUAUCACAAUUUGCUUGACUAUGCGCGUCAGGAGAUAGGCGUGAGCGAGGAAGGUACAAAGGGUAUGGGUCCAAAGGAGAGAAGGCAACUAGUAGAGGAAGUGGCUGUCAAGUGUUUAGAGGUGGCUUGCAAGGGCAAGUUCAUCAAGAAACUCUGCGAUGGUUUUCCCUAUCUUCAACCUAUCAUUAUGAAAAUCGUGCUAGAGAAGUACCAGAUACGAGUGGAAGAUGUGCCGUCAUGGGAAGAUGGAUUGGCGUCCAGGACAUACGUCGCCAAGCUGUCCCGUGAUUUUCUGCGCUUCGGAGUUGGCGAGGUGCAUUCCAAAGAGAGUUUGUUGCCAGAGGCAAGUGAAGGGGAUAAGGAUGACGUGGAUCCGGAAGAAGACGAGGAUUUGGUGGGUGAAGAUAGAGGUGGGGACAUCAACGAGGCCUCUGCUGCAGCCCUUAUGUUCGAUUUUGAGACCCACGAGGGAGAUUCACGGUCGGAAUUGGUGGGUAAUAUUUCAACCCAGGAGGUAACCGAACAUGAGGUCCACGCCAGGCUUUGCCGUGUAUGCGGUGCAAUCACACAAGAAACUCUCACGACGAUGAUUCGGCACGAUGAGGCCACACCGAUUCGCCUCCGGCGCAGGUUGAUGUACUCAGCCACAGCCUUUGAUUUGUCUGGAAAGUUGCAUUACCCCCAUGACCCUGUGCAUGUCGGCAAGUGGGUCAAAACACAGUUUGGGGUCAAGAGCAGUAUCUCCGCCAUCUACAUGACCCACGCCGUGAUCAACGACAAUUGUCACCUUCUUCACAAUUAUACAAUGGCUACAGACAAAACUUUGUUCAAUACAUUAUCUCAACACGUUCCAAUAACGUUUAAACACUUCCAGAUCCUUGCCCGUCUUGGCAGAGCACCAGUAGGACACCAUUAUUUUAAUAUUUUUGCAUCGCUCAAUCAUUUUCUCCAGAACUUCUACCUUUUUCAUGGGAUCGAAGCUGGUGCUGAAUUCUACAUGGACGAGGAUGACUACAUCGCAAAUAAUGAUCAGGCCAGAAAACUUUUAAGCAACACCAAGAUAAAGAAGGAGAGUACACCAGAUGAUGUAUCCGACUCCCCCUUGGCUCGCCCCACUCCUCGGAGCCAUAAACGUCUUCGACGAUCGACAACAAACAGUAUUCACUCCUACGCGAUUCCUGACUCGGACGACGAUACCAUUACGUAUGGCGAGCACAUUGAAGAUCGUUACGAGAAGAAAAAGUUUCGAGCAAGCGGUCUUCAAUUAUGGAUCAAAAAUCUGGCCGAAUUGCUAAAGGCUGAGCAGCGGAAGUAUAAUGAAUAUAAGAGACGUCAAGAAAGGGCGGCAGAGCCAGGAACAAAGAUACGGGUUGGGAAGACUAGCUUCUUGAAAUCCUUGGGAACGAAUCUGCGUUCUCUUCGAAAGAUUGAAGCUGAGAAGCGACUGAAAUAUAACGAACCUGACCCCACAGUCGAGGACUACAGUGACGACGACGAUGAGGAAUACACUACACGCCGAAGCAAGAAGCGGAGAACAACAUAA